AAUCAAGAAAGCAAGCAGCGACGGAAUAUUUUAUAACCGAAUAAAGAUGAUUGUCUAACAUACUAAAACACAAUGGAUGCUAGAGUAUGGAUAGUUACCAUGGUAAUGGUACCCUAUGUAAUGACGCAUGGUCUUAGUCCAUUUGUCGGGCCAUUCUUCUUCAUGUGUAACUAUGAGAACCAAGGGGACCAUUCGGCAUUUGGCCAGGGGGAGGUGGCGCUCAGUGUGGAUAUUGCUGGAAGCCCAGAGUUCUAUCUGCCAGGGGAGAUGUAUGACGUCACAAUCACAUCGAGUGCAACAUUUGAUGGUCUGUUCAUAACAGGGCUUUACACAACCGUAAGCCAAUCAGAUUCCAAUAAAUACACGACACAUUCCGUGAAGAAUGGAUUGGGCAGUAACCUGAUGUGCUCAAUGAUUCACACCCACAGGAGCAGAAAGCCCCGCCACCAACUCUCCUUUAUGUGGAUGGCACCGCCAGAGGGCACUGGCUGCGUCAGUUUCUUAGCAACUGCCAACAAGGGAAAACAGCUUCUCUUCAAAGAUGCGACUGUAUAUCAGAUAUGCGAAAAGGGAGCUAAGGGUCUUGUAUCAGAACGACCUGACUUGUCCGCAGUUCAUACAAAUGGAGUCAUUCUCAGAGAUGAUUUUGAAACUGGUGAUACGUUCGUUAAUGAUCUAUGGUACGAAACCGAGGGAGUACACAAGGGUUCUGACUGUGGACCCAUCUUACACGGACAAUCUGCCGUAUUCUGUGACAGUGAUGCAGAAAGGUUUAUGAUGACAAGUGUGUUAAACACAACCACUGCCUCUUUGCUCCAGUUCUCUAUUGGUGGUGGAAUUUGUAAAUCUUCAAUUGGGGACGAGCCUGUAGUUAUAUACUAUGGAGUAAACGGGUGUCGAGAAUGGGAGAUCCUAGAAACAAUUAACGCACCUGACAUGCUAGAGACGGCCACCCAUCUGGUGCAUCUACCAACGAGGUCCCGGGCUGAGAUCAUGUGCUUUAAGUGGGUUCAAAAGAGACGCACAGACGAUGUGGGGUUCAAUGGUUGCUGGGCAAUGGAUAAUGUUGUGAUCUCUAACAAUGCCGAUCCUCCUCGAUUCCUACAGGACGAAUUUGAUCCAGUUGAUGUAUCAAACUGGUUAUUCUUUCCCGGGGGUAACAUUAAGCACCAGUGCCAGUCUGACAACCAUGCUGUCGUGUUUGACAACGAGGACCCGGGUUUCAGCUAUGUGACGAGUCAAGACCUCAACAUGGCAGCUGGAGACAUGUCACAAGAUGUCUUACUAAAACAAGACUUCGAGAAAAUGAAUUUCGAUUUGGCUGAAUGGAACAUUCAAGGAGGAACAGUGGGGAAGGAAUGUGGUAUUCUUGAUGAUGGUAAAUCCAUGUAUUUCUGGAGCAAUGGCGCUUUGAAAUCUCAACGAUCAUUCUGUACCCCUUACUUUGAUAUGACAGCUGCGUCUAAUCUAAGAUUUUAUUUCUCAAUGGGUACUGGCAAGUGUCAUACAUCAGGAAAUAACAAGGCAGCUGUAUAUGUGUACGUCGAGGACCAACACGAACAUACCGAAGUUCUACACACUCUGCAUCCUAAACACUACCAGGAAGCCAAGCUGGUAAGCCUGGUGCUACCAAAUGCAGCGAAGAAAGAUGCGUCCAGAAUAUGUUGGCUGCAGAAGCAGAAUUCGGGUCCAAACAAAGAUGUUUGGGCGUUAGACAGCAUAUAUGUCCUACCUCACAUACCAACCGACGUGACAAAGUAUAUCCAGUUUAGUAUUGUACUCAACUGUGGCAUUGAGAGACCAACAAACAAAGUGCUGCUCGAGUUCUCCCCAAAUGGUGGCUACGACUGGAGUGUGCUACACAGUCCCUGUCUGAUGGGAACAUGCGAUGGCCAACAUCAAUACCUCUCUUCUGUGUAUGAAUCGGGAGAUCUAGAUGGGUGGACGAGACUGACCCUACCACUACCUUAUGCUGCACUUACUGACAGAGUGAGGUUCCGGUGGUCACAACCUUACAGAAGUGGACCAAGCAGUUGGGGUUUAGACACUGUGUACAUCGGAAAAUGUCCAUUGGGGUGUAACGGGCACGGGACGUGCAUUGAAAAUGGAUGUAGUUGUGACUUUGGCUAUGAAGGACCGUCGUGCCAGGAGACUGUGAUACAUGUUCCCACAUACCUUAUUGAGACUCUCUCUACACCAUCGGAGACACCGGCGGUAACUCAGUUUAUCACCAUAAAAGGAGCUGACCUAGGUUUUAAAUGUGGGGUGAUCAGCAGUGGGAAAGCAGCCGUCUUUGGAAACGAUGGACUUCGGCAAAUAACAACAUCAGAUAUUAACUCCACUAAUAGCAAGUAUCUCCAAUUUACUAUCCGUAUAGGCAGUAUGUCUGAUACCAGUAGUUGUCCUCCACCCAGUGAGAUGUCGCAGUCCGUCUUUCUGCACUAUUCUUGUAAUGGAGGAGUCACGUGGACGUUACUAAAGGAAUUAAUGUACUCUGAUUAUAAGGAACCUAAAGUGAUAUCUUUGAAUCUGCCAGAUGAAGCUAAGGGCGAUGGCUGUAGGUUUAAAUGGUGGCAGCCCGUUCACACUGGACAGGGAAAAGACGUCUGGGCGUUGGACGAUCUCUCUCUUACCAGCGAGUUACUGAACACAAUCAAUUUAGACUUCGCUGACUUAGAAAGUUCGAAUAAAGCCGCCAACUUUCAUUUGGGCAUUCUUGGCUCGUAUUGUGAUAAGGAUCACGCUUUGGUGUUUGCAGAACCAACUGACAGCGACAGACAGGAAGCACGCCACAUGGUGACAGAUUCAAUGCACAUAGGGCCGUCAUACGUCAUACAAUUCGACCUCGUUAUUGGAUGCGGACAUACAAUCUCUGAUAAGGCAAAGACCAGUGAGGUGAGAUUGGAGUACUCCGUAGACCAAGGGAUGACAUGGAAGUUGGUACUCGAUGAUUGUCUUCCUCCAGAUAAAUGCAUGGAAUAUCAAACUGCAUCAGUGUAUAAUUCCAAGGAGUUUGAUCACUGGAAACGUGUAACUGUUCCACUACCUCAGAAUACAUGGACCAGUUAUUCUAAGUUCCGGCUUGUUCAAUAUGACUGGGAGGUGGGGAAUACAUGGGCUGUUGCUAACUUCUACAUUGGUCAGGCUUGUCCAAACAUGUGCUUUGGUCAUGGAUAUUGUUUCCAAGGAAAGUGCAGAUGUGAUACUGGCUAUGUUGGGGAUAUUUGCUACCCAAAUACUACACUUCCAACAACAUUUUGGGAUGAUUUCUCUCAGAUUGGUCGCAUUGACAGGAACUGGGACCUGGUUGACGGCGGCUCUAUUGCAAGAAGUGAUGAAGGAUGUGGACUUCUGUUCUCUGGAGAAACACUUUACUUUGAUAAGGAUGAGCCAAGACAAGCAGUGACUAAAGACCUGGACACACAGACAGUUGACUACAUCCAGUUCUACCUAAGGCAGGGAGGAGGAGAUAAAAAGUGCAAGGGUGUAGAUGGGAGAAAGGAAAAUAUUCUCUUCCAAGUAUCGGGUGAUGGAGGUACCACGUGGAAAACUAUGAAAGAGUUCAAUAGCGCCGACUAUCGAAAACCAAAAUUUGUUCAUUUGGAACUUCCGGCAUAUGCACAAACACAUCAUGCACGCUUCCGUUGGUGGCAGCCAGCACAUUCAGGGGAAGGAAUAGACCAAUGGGCACUUGAUGAGGUCAGAAUGGGUAGAUACGAACAGCUUCCAAUGGUGAACGAUGAUUUCCAGCCAUACAUUAAGAGUUCCGAUGCAGUUAAUGAUACUAAACCAGAUUCAAUAUGGCUGACUUUAACAGAAGCAAUGCGUGCCCCCUAUUGCCAGUCAGACACACCAACGCUGAUGUUUGCCGAUCAAUCGAAUGACAAAGUAGCAAUAACGAAAGACAUGGAUCUGAAACCUGAUGAUGUGAUUCAAUUCAAGAUAAAUGUUGGAUGCAACAAACAAUUCUCAUCUAAAUUCCCAGUCCGUCUGGAGUACUCCCACGACUCUGGUAUGACAUGGGCAUUGGUGCAGAAGACAUGCUAUCUUGACAAACAGUGUGGAGACCACUACAGCGAGGGGAGCAUAUACUAUUCAGGCCCAUAUGGGGAAUGGCAGAGAGUAGUUAUUCCAGUUUCAAAAGAGGUCGCCUCUGGACGCGUGAAUUUCCGUUGGUUUCAAGAGGGAAGUCCGCACAGUAGUUUUGCACUUGAUGAUGUUUACAUUGGAAGCCCCUGUCCCAAGAUGUGUAACGGAAAAGGUGUUUGUCAGAGGGGAAAAUGUAAAUGUGACCCUGGAUAUGAUGAACCUGCGUGUGAGACAGAAAAGCCUCUGUCUGAUGCAAAUGGGAUGGUGGACAGAUUUGAUGAUAUGAACAGGCCUGGUAAGAUAUGGGAGGGGGUGUUAGGCGGCCAUCUUGGAACUGGUUGUGGAAUACUUGGCUUGGGGAAUUCUUUAUAUUUUGGAGGUGAUGGAACACGUGCAGCUUGGACUAUUCCAAUAAACACAACGAAUACGAGAAUAAUUCAGUUCAUGGUGAAGAUAGGAAGCCAUGAUGAUAGUGAAGGAUGUCGACGUCCUUACAGUAGGAACGAAGGGGUAAUUCUGGACUACUCAACUGACAAUGGAAUAACAUGGAAGACAUUGAAGGUGCUUGAUCCGUUGUACUUGAACAGACGACCUGAGACAAUCAACAUUGAGCUGGUGGAUGAUGCCCAAACACCUUCUACUAUGUUCAGGUGGUGGCAACCAAUCAUUGAGCCAGAUAUGAAGCGUGCAGAAUGGGCAAUAGACAACGUAGUGAUAGCUGUCAACGAGAGCAGUGCUGUUAGCUUCCAGGAUAACUUUAACACAGCACAGGGUGAUGGCUGGUUCAUGACCAUGAAUGCAAUACCCAGGAUUACAUGCAAAUCUAAAGACGAUGCCUUAGAGUUUAGCAAAGCAACUGGUAACAUGAGGUAUGCUGAAACAUGGGACUUCCACGUCACCCCAUCAACAUUUCUACAAUUCGACAUCGCACUUGGUUGUGGUGGGAUAUACGACACACUUUACAGUGUCAUGCUAGAGUACUCCACGGAUAUGGGUCGUAGUUGGACCCCAGCGGUAGAUGAGUGUACCCCGCCAAGGACAGACUGCAGCGGGUACCACUUCAGCAGUGACUAUCAGUCAGAGAAUCAUAUGAACUGGACGAGGGUCACUUUGUAUCUGCCACGUAAUGCUGUAUCGCCAACAACUAGGUUCCGCUGGAUGCAGCAUGCAUCAAGUCUGAGGGGGAACGUAUGGGCCCUGGAUAAUGUCUAUCUUGGAGAAGGUUGUCCCUGGAUGUGCUCUGGUCAUGGCUAUUGUGUAGACGGCACAUGUGUAUGUGAUUAUGGCUACGGGGGAGAAUACUGUGUCCCAGAGAUACCACUCCCAUCAAUGAUGAGAGACGAUUUCGAUUCUGGGAUUGAUAUAAAAGUGUGGCCUGAGAUAUAUGGGGGAGUGGCGACAUCUAUAUGUGACACGGUGCUCAGCAAAAACGCACUCACAUUCUACAAGGAUAAACUCAGAAUGAGUGUUACACGAGAUAUGGACACGACAAAUGCCAUUGCCCUCCAAUUUGAUUUCCGAUACAGUUGUUUCAACGACGAGCCCGAGGAGUGGCCUAAGAGAGAGAGUGUACUCGUACAGUAUUCCAACAAUGGGGGUAUAUCCUGGGACUCUUUGGAUGACCUUCAUUACCAGAACGAUGGAUCUAGUAAACACUAUGCAUUACAACUACCAACUCCAGCUAGAAUGAACUCGACAAGAUUUAGAUUUUGGCAGCCAAAUCAUAGAGGCGAAAGCAAGUCUGUGUGGGCCAUUGACAACUUCUACAUAGGGGGCAGUAUGAUGAAUCCUACCAUGUUGUACGAGAUGUUUGACGUAGAACCUGACCCAAGCAUGUGGUUAUUCUGGCCAGGGGGCAAGAUAGACAAGUUUUGCGAUUACAACACCAGAUCCGAUGCAAUAUUUGCCGGAUCAACAGCAAUGACAUUCAGUCAUGGGACUGGAGAAAGGUCCAUUACAACAGUGGAUCUAGAUGUCGAUGAAAAUACAGUUAUUCAAUUUGACAUAAAUGUUGAUUGCUCAACCAUAUCAAGUCACAAGGAGCCUGUGAGAUUAGAGAUAUCCCUGGACCAGGGAGCCACAUGGAAACCUGUGAUAGAACCCUGCAGCCAUGACGACCCAAGCAACUCGUGUAAAGGGGAAAUGCAUGAUGCAACCAUUUACUAUAGAGGCACCACUCCUUACUGGAGACGGUUCAUCGUACCGCUGAAGGACAUCAAUGUGUGUGGGUCCGCCAGAUUCAGAUGGUAUCAAGGGAACUACAAAUACACAGACUUUGCGCCAGAAUGGGCGAUAGACAAUUUGUAUAUCGGGAUGAAGUGUAUGGACAACUGCAAUGGACAUGGUACAUGCGUGAAUGGAAUGUUGUGUCAAUGUGACGAUGGAUACAGCGGAGACACGUGUCAGGCUCAGAGGAGGCAUCCUACAUAUCUAAAAGAAAGUUUUGAAGGAGAUCCUGUUGAUGGAUUUGCCUAUACACGAGGGUUAAGAAAUAGUGGCAGCCAAGUUUCUGAGAAGUGUGGACGACUUAUGGAUGGUAGUAGCCUACAUUUCCAGGGCACUGGUGUCAGAGUCCUUGACACUAUAGAUGAUCUAGAUCUAUCGGUUGCCAGCGUCCUUCAAUUCUUCUUGAAAGUGGGAUGCGAUGAUUUCCUGAGCCAUUCAAAACAGAACGCAAAACCAAACAAUAACAUAUACGUCCAGUAUUCUACAAAUGGGGGUAUAUCAUGGAAAACAAUCAAACGCUUUGAUCCUAAAACAACAGACAAGAAGGUUAUGUAUGUUGCUAUGGAGAUACCAAGAGAUGCAAGAACAAACUCCACGAGGAUACGAUGGAUCCAACCAUCACCCGAUGGAACAUAUGACAUCCAAUGGGCAAUUGAUGAGGUAUAUAUUGGAGGCAAUAUAAAUGGUUUGAGGUCCAUAAGCGAUGACUUCUAUACACAAAGAGAUUGGUUAUGGCCAGUGGUAUCGGGUGGAGCAAGAGAACCUGUAUGUGGAAGGGAUUAUGCUCUCCAUUUCGCAGGAAACACAGAAGAGAGAUACGCAACAACGAUUGACGUAGCUGUAAAUGAACAAAGUUUCAUACAAUUUAAUAUUUCAAUGGGAUGUAAAAAAUCUGACAAAUGUUACAGUAUUGAAUUGGAAUACUCCACAAACCUUGGGCAGACUUGGGAGUUGGUGAAAGAAUACUGUAUGCCAUCUGAUGUCAACUGUGAAAACUACCACACAAAAAGCCAUUUUAAAUCAGAUGCAUAUUCCAGUUGGAACAGAGUGGUUAUGCCAUUACCAUAUUACACAAGGUCAAAAGCGACGAGAUUCAGGUGGCGUCAGCCAAUGGGAUUCGAUGCUGAGGAUUCCUGGGCAAUUGACAAUAUAUACAUUGGUGAUGAGUGUCCAUGUACGUGUAGUGGACACGGCAGAUGUGCACGUGGACAAUGCAGCUGUGAUGAGGGUUGGUAUGGAGAUUCGUGUGAAUUACCAAAAGAACAACUUCCUCAACAACUGAAUGACGCAUUUGGUGAGAAAGUAUCAUAUGACAAGUGGCAAAGUGUGGCGGGAGGAUACCCUAGCGUCAAAUGUGGAGUAAUAGUCUCUGGUCAUUCACUUCACUUUUAUGGGGGUUGUAGUAGGCAUGCAAUCACCAGAGAUUUGGACCUUUCUUCUGCGGUGUACAUACAAUUAUACGCUAAGUUCGGUUGUCUUGCAAAGCCUAGAAACAGAGACAAUGGAAUCCUUGUUGAUUAUUCUACCAAUGGAGGGAACAGGUGGUUCAAACUCACAGAGUUAUUCUACGAUAUGUUCUACAAAGCAAGUUUUGUUACAAUUGCUAUUCCAAAACUUGCCAAACACAACGGUACACGCAUUCGACUAUGGCAGCCUGUACAUUCAGGAUAUCUCAAGGAUGACUGGGCAAUCGACAACAUUGUAAUCGGUGGAACAGAUACUAACACUAACAUACUUAAAGAUAACUUUAACAAUGGUAUUAGCAAUGCAAAAUGGAUAAGCACAGACAAUACCCACAUCGCCGAGUACUGCAACUCGAAAACUGCCCUAGUUGGGCAAUAUCAGCCCAAUGAGAACUCAACUGCUGAGACAAUAGAUGUCGCUGUGCGUAGCGACUACAUCGUGCAAUUCAGUAUCAGUGUGGGAUGCAAUGCAUCUUGGGAUGCCUAUAUAUCACCUGUUCGAUUAGAAUUCUCAACUGAUAAUGGCGUGACAUGGCACUAUCUUGUGACGGAAUGUUUCCCGUCAUUCCCUCAAUGUAAUGGAGACGUUCCGAUGCCAAGUGUAUACUACGCUCAGACAGGGUGGAGAACGUAUACCAUACCAUUACACGGGAAUGAAAUAUCAUUAUCCACGAGGUUCCGUUGGAGACAAGUAGAUGAGAACAACCAGCACUCUAAUGGCGGUCAACAUUGGGCCAUCGAUGACGUCUAUAUUGGACCAGGAUGCAAGGACAUGUGCAGUGGGAAUGGACGCUGUGACUUUCCAGACUGUAAAUGCAGGAGGGGAUAUUCUGGAGAAGUGUGUCAAUACGCGGAAACAUCUCAGACGUAUAUGAAGGAGGAGGCAGGGUCUGGAAUGGAUAACUGGGAUAUGAUACAAGGCGGGACAUCAGGGGACGGUUGUGGGGUAUUGAUAGAAGACAAAAGUAUUGUAUUCAGCAGCAUUGGUCAGAGACAAGGAGUAACAAAAGAUCUAGACCUCAGAGAUGCCAAAUUCAUUCAGUACUAUGCCCAGAUAGGGGGCCAUGAUACCACAGAUGGUUGUGGUUUUCCAAAGUCAAGGGACGAAAGUGUACUUCUGCAAUAUUCAAUCAAUGGGGGGAUUACAUGGCAUGGUCUACACAUACUUGACUAUGCAUCAUACGCAACUCCCAAAAAAGACUACAUACCACUUCCGCAGCAAGCAAGAACCAAAUCGACGAGAAUACGCUGGUGGCAACCAUUAUCCAAGCAGAACACAACCCAAUCCAUCUGGGCGUUGGACAACAUCUACAUUGGUGGUACAGAAAUCAAUCCUCAUGAGUUAAUAGAGGACUUUGACAUGGAGUUUGAUGCUGAAAAGUGGGAGUUCCUACCACAUGCUCAAAUUGCAAGCAGUGUUUGCGGGCGACCGGGGAAAGCAGUGUGGUGGGGCAGCAAGGUUGGGGUGAGAAAGAUCACAACCCAACAGAUGAUUAUACAGGACAGGUAUAUGAUACAGUUCAAGAUAGCCGUUGGGUGCAAGGAUAAAUCAUUUUUUUGUAACACAGACCAACCCAUUUAUUUAGCGUUUAACAAAGACCCUAUGAAGAAUGAAUGGGAGCUGCUGCGGCACCAGUGUUUGACAGAUCCCAGUCUGAGUAGCAGUGAAUGCCAGCCAUAUGAUUACCACAGGGGAACGGUGUUUGACGCUAAUCUACACCUAAAGUGGACGAGAAUUACCAUACCGCUGACCUCCAAGGCGUACUCUAGCCAAACAAGGUUCCGUUGGAUCCAACAGCUUGGUGAGGGUGAUGCUCCAUCGUGGGCUCUAGAUGAUAUAUACAUAGGAGAGAAGUGUCCCAAUUACUGUAGCGGUAGAGGAGAUUGUAAACGAGGUGAAUGUGUAUGUGACAAAGGAUAUUUUGGUGAAUCGUGCCAGCCAAUACGGACGCAGCUGAUCAGUAAGAUGGUAGAUGGAUUCGAAGGAGGAGUCAACAAACAGCAUUGGGAAAUAGUUAGGGGAGGGGGUAUUGGUAUAAGUUGUGGAACUUUGCUGCCUUACGCUCAUGGGAAAACCUUGUCGUUUAAUGGAUGUGGACAUAGAGAGGCUCGAACUGUAGAGAUGGACACAACGAGAGUCAGUAAAAUCUUAUUUGUGAUAAGAAUUGGUAGCCGUAAACAAACAGCUGAAUGCAACGUUCUGCUAGAUGAAGCGCACACAAGAAGCGUUCUCUUACAAUACACUAAAAACAAGGGGAUAACUUGGCACCUGAUUGCUAGGCAUGAGCCCAGAGAAUAUCUCAACUCACAAAGAGUUUCCUACGACCUGCCAUCAGAUGCUAAAGGCAUUGGAGUCCAGUUCAGAUGGUGGCAGCCUAUACACAGUGGACUUGGGAAGGACCAGUGGGCCAUAGAUUAUGUUGAAGUUUCAAUGACUGUCCAAGACCAGAGAAAACGAAUGCAGUACUUUGGCGAACAGCAAACUCCAUUCAGAUUCGGUUACACUGAGCCAUCACCGUUUGCCACAAACCAAGAAAUAUACCAUAGACCCCAAUAG